AUGCGCCAGGGUGACCGUUUGUGGAUCAAUAUCAAUAAGUUGGGCGGGCAGGGUCUGUUCAAGAAGAACAAUGUGUCGUUGAUUGGAGAUGGCGUUACGUUGGCUGAGGCAAGUGCACAGCAGGGCAAUGCAUGGCUACGCCACAUGUGCUUAGACCAUGGAGUAGACGACCCCCCAGGCAUCCGAGUCAGGCCCAUGGAAGGCAUAGACGCCGUCGAUUUCCUCAUCCCCGGUGCUCUUACAGGGGCUGCAUCGUAUGUCUUCAGUGAGCUCAUUGAACAGCUGCGCUUUGUGGGUUACACAAACGCGAACCUCAUUGCCGCACCCUAUGACUGGCGUCUGGCUCCCUCGCGCUUGGAGGAGAAAACAUCCUACUUCACCAAACUAGCGGAUAAGAUAGAGGCAUUCUACGAAGCGAACGGUGACACUCCGGUGGUGCUGUUUGGGCAUUCCAUGGGUGUGAUGUGCACUACGUAUUUCCUGAGGUUUGUGGAACGGCAGAGGGGGAACGAAUGGAUACAAACACACGUGCACAAGUUCAUGGCAGCGGGGGGUCCUUGGCUGGGUGCAUACAAGACGAUCCGGAGCAGCGUUAUCGGAGAGAACUUUGAUCUUCCGUUUGUUAACUCGUCAGAAGCUUUACUGAUGUGCAGGUCCAUGAGCAGUGCCCCCUGGCUGCACCCCAGGGGCCCCUGUGUGGAGAACGACUUCAUAUAUGUCCGCGAAGAAGGCAACUUCACUUUAGGACCAUUUAUCAUCCGUCUAUGUGACAGCACUAAAAUCCCGCCAAAUACAUCAGUGUACCUCAAAGGCAAAAUCGGACAGACUUCCGUCGAGGGACAGGCAGAGGCUGAAGAUGGCACAUAUGUGUGCAAAGGCAGACAAAUGCUCCGGAGCCAAUUUCCCGACGGGCCUCUGGAAACAGAAGUUCUGAAGUUCACAUUAAGAGUGGGAAAGACCGCCAUAGGUAUCUUGCCAAUAAUUAUGUAUUCCUAA